AUGAGCCGCUACGAGUAUGAGACCAAUGGUUAUCAUCGGGCAGUGGAGGAUGAGUAUGAGGACGAGUACUAUGAUGAAGAUGAGUACGAGGAGGAAGGUGCAGGAGCUCCUGAGGAGGACGAAGAGCCACCAGAGGGUCAGCAGGAGUUCCUUCAAAUUAGAGAACGAUUGAAGGAGCAGAUUAGGCGGAAGGCACAGGGUGCCAGUGCUAGCACAGCUGGUCGCUCGUCUUCCUUGCAUGAUAGAAGACCACCCCCACCCAAUUUUGGCUCCUUCUUUGGGCCCUCCAAGCCGGUGAUUUCCCAGCGUGUGAUUGAAGAAAGGAAGUCAAUGAAAGAGAUACAGAACACAGUGCCCAGAGAACGAAGACCUCCUGGAAAGGACAUCCCAUCAUCUUCGAGAGUGCAAGUGCAAGCUAAAACAAAUGGAUUUCACCAGAAGCAAAAGAUUGUUAAUGAGGCAAAAAAGAAAGCUGAGGCACUUAAGGAUAAUCGGGACUAUUCAUUUCUACUCUCGGAUGAUGCUGACAUUCCAUCUCCUCCAAGGGAAAAACCUGCGGCUAGGCCUUCAUUGACCCAAAAGUCUGAUCGUGAGGUGAUGCAUUCUGCAGUGAAGAGUAGGGCGCCAACAAGUCAGCCCGCCAGAUUGCCAAAUGGUCAUGGGUUGAACAACAACACAUCGUCCACACAAAGACGCCCGGAAAGUAAGUUUGAAUCCAAGGGAAAGGAGAUGCUCCUAAGUAGAGAAAGGGCUGUUGACAAUGGAAGGAUGCAUAGUGUUGUUAGAAAUGGGUCCAGCCAGGCCACUGGAAGCAAAGCUGCAAGCCAAAAAUUUCCGAGCAAGGGUCAGAUAGCAAAUAAGCCUUCUAUGAAGGAAGUGAAUGAACAGUCUCUUAGAAAGGAUCAUUUAGCUAGAAAGCAACCUGUGUUACCUAAUGGUCGACAACAGCCCUCACAAAGUCAGAGGAUGCAAUCAGCCUCGUAUGGCCAGAGGCCGCAGCAGUCGUUGCAGAGCCAGAGACCACAACAGUCAUCGCAGAGCCAGAGGCCACAACAGUCGUCGCAGAGCCAGAGGCCACAACAGUCGUCGCAGAGCCAGAGGCCACAGCAGUCGUCGCAGAGCCAGAGGCCACUGCAGUCGUCGCAGAGCCAGAGGCCACUGCAGUCACAGAGCCAGAGGCCACUGCAGUCCUCGCAUAGCCAGAGGCAACUGCAGUCGUCACAGCGUGAGAGGCCACUGCAGUCAUCGCAGAGUCAGAGACCACAAUCAUCGCAGAGUCAGAGACCGCAACAAUCACUACAGAGACAGAGACCACAGCAAUCUUCACAGUUGCAAUCCUCACAAAGCCAAAGACAGCUGCCACAAAGCAACAGGCCGCAGCAGAUGUUGCAACGGCAAAGGCCUCUUUCCUCGCAAGGUCAUUAUCCUGAGCAAAGAAGAGUCCAAGCAAAUGAUCGAGUAAAACCAUCCGAAAGGCAGGUAAGGACUCCCUCGAAACCUAUGCCAUCUCGACAAGUAUCUGCCAAUGGACGUGAUGAUCGUGCAAAGAAAAAGCAAUUGGGGAAACGAAGGUUUGAUGACGACAUUGAAGAUGAGGAUGAUCCCAUGGCUAUGAUCAGGAGUAUGUUCAGGUAUGACCCUAGUAAAUAUGCAGGCAGAGAUGAUGAUGAUAGUGACAUGGAAGCAGAUUUUGCUACUAUAGAGAUGGAAGAGAAAAGAAGCGCGAGGAUUGCAAGGCAGGAGGACGAAGAGGAGCUCCGCCUGCUUGAGGAAGAAGAGAGGCGUGAGCAGGAGAGGAAGAGGCGGCGGGUAGGCCGAUAG